GACGCGCGUCGCAGGGGCGGUCGGUAAUGUGGACUGUUGUUUUUUUUUAAUUGUUAUUAUUAUUUCAUUUAAUUUAAAAAAAAAAUUUUUUUUUUUGCUGCACUGCAAUUUAUUCCCGACACAUUGAUGGAAUGCGACUUGGCCGUUUUCGUGUGUGAUUUUAGGAGAGCCCUUUGUGCACCGAGACACUGCCGGGGAUCAUGGCCGAGGCGCCGCCGCACCAUGUGCGGCCUUUAAACGUCGAGAUCGACCCGGACUUCGAGCCCCAGAAGAGGCCACGCUCGUGCACUUGGCCCCUGCCUCGUCCGGACUCCGGUGCGGACAAACGCGGAGCGAAUGACACUGACGUCAUCCCCGAAGAGGAGGAUGACGAGAGCGACGCUGGCAUCGCUCACAAGGCCAGUGUCAAACCCAGAGAUCCCAACAACGCCUCCGCCUCCUUUUCCUCGUCCCAGCCUGUCCAGGUCCAGGCUGUCCCCUGCAGGGACGAAGGGGCCGAUGGGUCCCCGUCCUCCUCCUCCUCCUCCUCGCAGACUCCUGCAGCGGCCCUCGGCGGUUCUGCAGCCCAGCAGCUGAGGAAGUCCUCUGCCCGCAGGAAUGCAUGGGGCAAUUACUCCUAUGCAGACCUCAUUACCCAGGCCAUUGAGAGCUCCCCAGAGAAAAGGCUGACGUUGUCCCAGAUCUAUGACUGGAUGGUGAGGUCUGUGCCGUAUUUCAAGGACAAGGGUGACAGCAAUAGCUCCGCUGGCUGGAAGAACUCCAUCCGACACAAUCUGUCACUUCAUAGUCGUUUUGUCAAGGUCCAGAAUGAAGGAACUGGGAAAAGCUCCUGGUGGAUGGUCAACCCAGAGGGUGGGAAAGGCGGCAAAGCUCCACGGCGACGGGCCGUAUCCAUGGACAACAGUAAGUACAUCAAGGGCGCCAGGGGGCGUGCUACCAAGAAGAAGGCCUCACUACAGGCUACCCAGGACGGCAGCUCGGAAAGCUCUUCAAGCUUGUCUAAGUGGACAGGAAGUCCCACCUCCCGCAGCAGUGACGAGCUGGAUGCCUGGACAGACUUCCGUUCCCGCACCAACUCCAACGCCAGCACACUGAGCGGUCGCCUCUCUCCGAUACUCGCCAACUUGGAGCUGGACGAGGUGCCAGAUGACGACUCACCCCUCUCGCCCAUGCUUUACUCCAGCCCCAGCAGCAUGUCCCCCUCCACUGGCCCCAUGGGGCUCUCCGACCUUGCGGGCACCAUGAACCUCAACGACGGGCUCUCUGACAACCUGAUGGAUGACCUUCUGGACAACAUCAGCCUGACUGCCUCCCAGCAGCCUCCUCCAGGCGAGGAGGAGAGUGGAGGCAAUGGGCAGGGAAGCUCCGUCUUUACCUUUAGCUGCUCUGGAAGCAGCCUGGGCAAUCCCCCGGUCAGCUAUGGGCCAAACUCUCUGUAUAGCCCUCCGUCCAUCACAAGUCUUCGUCAGUCGCCCAUGCAGACCAUCCAGGAGAACAAGCAAACCACCUUCUCUUGUGUCUCCCACUUUGGCGAUCACCAGAGCCUGCAGGACCUGCUUAGCCUGGAGCCUCAUGGCCACAUCAAUGUGAUGCUGACCCAGUCCGACCCACUGAUGUCACAGGCCAGUACAGCCGUCGCUCUACAGAACUCUCGACGGAACGCCAUGCUUCUCCGCAAAGACCCAUCCAUGGCAAACCAGGCCAGCUCGGGUCAGGCCCAAAAUUCCUCCAUGUCCAGUUGGCAAGCUGGCUUGUCAACCUCUGUCAAUGGAGGCUUGGGGUUGAGCGGCAAUGCCGGCAAUGCCGAUGCCAAGCAGCAGCACCUGAAGUCCCCCAGCAAGAGCGCCACUAUGCAGCUUGGAUCAGAUGUGUCUGCUCAGAACCGUUUCCCUGCCGAUCUGGAUCUGGAUAUGUUCAGCGGCAGUCUGGAGUGCGACAUGGACUCAAUCAUCCGCAAUGAAUUGAUGGAUGCGGAUUGCCUGGACCUUAGCUUCGACUCUCAACUCAACAUGGCACCGAAUGCAAACAGGAACACCGGCAGCUUCUCCGGUUCCAAACAGACCUCGCCCCAAAACUGGGUUCCAAGCUGAAAGGGUCUUUUGGAAGCUGGCCUGAUUUAAAUGAGGGGUGCAAAAUGUAUAAAUUGUUAUUGUCCUGCAUUGUGGAUCUAGAUGGAGGAAAGACUAUGUGAAAGUGUAUUCAGUGUUUUUUGUUUUCUUUGAUGUCAGGCAUUACACUCAGUACUGUAUCUUAAGUGUCUAAAGACAAGUUGGUGUCUUCGUGGUGUAGAAAAGAAUACUUAAAAAGAUCAGUGACUGGGCAGCAGUAUUACUGACUGGAAUGGGAUCGGAGGAGGUUUUCGUUCUAACACUUUGGAAAAUUGACAGCUCUCAUUAGUCUCAGGGAACAACUCGUCACUAAAUGACACAUUAAACUGAUGAUAAUGAUGUGAAGUAUGUUUUCACCCUGCAUUUUUUUCCAAUUUUACACCCUUUCAUACCCGAAACGACAACAAUUUUUUGCCAAAUCAGCUGUUGACCUCUUGUGGGGGACGGCCUGUUUACAGAACAAGCUGCAGAGAAUGUUACAUUCUGUCCAAGUGGAAGAUACUUGAUAAGCUUUAUUAAAUUUUUUUUGAGAAACAAAACUUAA